AUGUUGCGCUGGUCCUUAAUUUUCCUUCUUCCGUUUCUGGCAUUGCUCACAAUCCCCUCAUCAGCUCAAUGCCCACCAAACACCUUCAACGCCACCGAGCUCCGUGAAUGCGUGCAUAUCGAGUUGGCGCCGGCCAACCGCUCGCAGCAAUGGGAUAUGUGCGCGGGGUUGAAGGGGUACCUCAUCUCCAUCCACAGCCUCUACCAAAAUAACGCCCUCGUGCAAUAUGCCAGUGAGGUAUCCCCCUCCCCGGGGCUCCUCUACACAGCACUGUACUACGAACAAGUCGGCCAUAUUCAAUUCUGGGAAAACUGGGACGGGACGACGGUUGACUAUUUGAACUGGGCGCCGGGCGAGCCCACCCCGGGAGUACAGUGCGCAACUAUCGACGUUCCGUCCGGCAAGUGGUAUGCCGUGGAGUGUGGCCGGCCGUUGGGUGCUAUAUGCGAGAUCUAUUAUCCGAGGGCA